UGAACAUUAUCAUGUUUCGAAUAAUUUCAUUGAUUUUUCUGUUUUCGUUUGUGUCUAUCGCACAUUUCAGUCAUGUACCACCAAAACUUAGUGAACAAAGUUCUCGAAGAUCUCAAGAAUCUGGAACUAAAUUGAAAUUAUUGUGUUCAAUUGAAAAAGGACAACGACCAUUCACGUUUGAAUGGAAUAAAAACGAUCAGCAUAUAUUGUCCAAUUUCGGUGAUAAAUAUCGAAUCGAUUCUGAAGAUGAUACUUCUGUAUUGACUGUUUGGAAACUUGAUGAAAAAGAUUCGGCUAAUUAUACCUGUUUAGUUCGUAAUGAUUAUGGUUUUGAUUCUCAAACAACUACAUUGAUUGUUAAAGGUUUGAUACAGAUUCCAAUUUUAUUUUGUAACAAUAUGUGGCGCUUAUUUGAAUGGCGAUUCAAUGAUCAGCUUUUAUCAUCAUCAUCAUUAUCGAAUCAAAAAUAUCGAAUCGAAAUGAUUAGCGAUGAAAGUUCAUUGUUUGCUAUUGAUGAUAUUCAUCCUAAUCAUUCUGGAACAUAUUCCUGCAUUGCACGCAAUGAUUUUGGCCACGACAAACAAUCAACACGAUUAAUUGUAACAGUUGCAUUUGAUCUUUGA